GUCGUGCACCACUGGUCCUCCUCUUGUCUGCAACGGUCUCUCUGCUGGGCGGGCUGAUAUUUGGAUAUGAGCUGGGGAUUAUCUCUGGUGCAUUGCUGCAGUUGCAGAAAGACUUCUACCUCAGCUGCUUCAAACAAGAAGUUCUUGUAAGCGCCCUCCUUGUUGGAGCUCUCCUCGCCUCUCUGGUUGGGGGGAUCCUCAUUGACCGUCACGGACGAAGGAGAGCAAUCUUGGUCAGCAACUUGGUCCUGCUGGUUGGCAGCCUUAUUCUCACGCUGGCAAGGUCACUUAUUGGGCUGGUCAUUGGACGCAUGACUGUGGGCUUUGCCAUCUCUAUCUCAUCCAUGGCCUGCUGCAUCUAUGUCUCAGAAAUGGUGGCAGCUCAUCAGCGAGGGCUGCUGGUGUCUCUCUACGAAGCAGGCAUCACCAUAGGCAUCCUGCUGUCCUAUGCGCUGAAUUAUGUCUUUGCGGAUGUGGAUGAGGGGUGGAGGUACAUGUUUGGACUGGCUAUUGCCCCGACAGCCAUGCAGUUCCUCAGCAUCCUCUUUCUCCCAGUGAACCCUGUUAAAUUAAGCUCGUGGGACUCAGACUGCCAGAAUGGCCUCAUUCAACUGCAGGACACUGAAGACAGAGCAGCAGCAAAGCUGGAGCCCUAUAAGGAGAAGCAUUACACGUUUCUUGACCUUUUCAGGACCAGAGACAACAUGAGAAGGCGGACUGUAGUGGGCCUGGGACUGGUGCUCUUCCAGCAGUUCACUGGGCAGCCCAACGUGCUGGGCUACGCCUCCAAAGUCUUCCACUCAGUGGGGUUCCAGAGCAACUCCUCAGCGAUCCUAGCUUCUGUUGGGCUGGGGGCGAUGAAGGUGGUGGCCACACUUGUCGCGAUGGCCUUUGCAGACAAGGCUGGCAGGAGAGCGCUCCUCAUGGCUGGCUGCGUGGUGAUGGCCAUCUCCGUCACCACCAUCGGCCUCACCAGCCGCAUUGCUCCGCUGGCCAUGGCCAGGGACUGCAAAGCAGCUGCAGACCCCAAUGCAUCCCACAGCCUCACCCAGCACCCCCUGAUGCCCGUAUCCUCCCAGCCUGCUGUGUCACCCAUCCCUCCAGCAUUAGGUGCUGCCAAAAGUCAGGAAGGCACCGAGUUUGCUGCCACAAGGAGCCUUACAAAGGUUUUUGCCUCUCAAACCUUUCAAAGCAGAGAGGUUGUUCCCGUUUCUUCCCUCACUUGGAAAAGGGGCUUGGUAGGUCAGGCCAAAGAAGAGACAGUGGGAAGCACUGGCCCUCCUGUUGGUGGUGCUCCCUGGGCAGAACGUAUGGUUUUAAAUUGGAUUACGCUGCUGAGCAUGAUGGCUUUCGUGAGCGCCUUCUCGAUUGGAUUUGGACCAAUGACCUGGCUGGUCCUCAGUGAGAUCUACCCUGCUGGGAUAAGAGGAAGAGCCUUUGCCUUCUGUAACAGCUUUAACUGGGCUGCUAAUUUACUGAUCAGCCUCUCCUUCCUUGACCUUAUCGAUGCCAUUGGCUUCUCUUGGAUGUUUCUUCUCUAUGGACUGAUGGGAGUGGUGGCUGUUAUAUUCAUUUACCUUUUUGUUCCGGAAACGAAAGGACAGUCCUUGGAGGAGAUAGACCAGCAGUUCUCCGGGAAACGGUAUGUGUGCUGGGUGUGGGGAGGAAACACGCUCAAGCGGAGACGUGGAAGAGGAGCAAGCUGCACACACGGUCACUACCAGAGAGUGGAGCAUGACAGCAGCACAUGA